AUGUGGGACGGCCCCGAAGACCCCCACGACCCAUAUAACUGGCCCCCAUGGCGCAAAAUCUCCAUCGCAGUGAUCUUCUCCUUCGGCCAUCUCAUCACCAUAUCGACAGCAAGCAUCAUGGCCCCGGCGCUGGACCAUAUUUCCAAGGACCUCGACAUGGCGGCCUCGCUGGCGCAGAUGGCCUUCUCCGUGAAACCCGCGUGGGUUCUUUCUAGUCUGUGGUAUAUCCUCUGGAACGCGCUGUGCCCUGUAGGGAAGUCUAAGGGCAUGUUGAUUGCGGGGAGGUUUAUGACUGGGCUUGAGGGUUCCGCGGGUUUGGCUCAAUAUCAUCUUGAUCGAUUUUCUUCCGGGCAACUCGUCGGUCCCGUGCUGGCGGAUAUGUACUACGCUAAAGACCGCGGGAAAUCUCUUGUCAUAGCUUGUUUCCUCCCGUACCUCGGUCCUGCCUUGGGUCCUAUCAUGGGUGGACUGGCCGCCCAACAUAUAAUCUGGAUCUGGAUCUUCUGGAUCCUUUGCAUCAUCGACGCAGCUAAUAUCUUGAUAGGCAAUUUCGUCAUUCGCGAAACGUGCAAACCGGUCUUGCUGCGGCGCAAAGCCGCAUCCGAACAAAAACACUCUACUUCUUCAUCUUCUUCACCACUACCACCAACAAGAACUUACGCCGACAAAUCCUUCCCAAGGGCUUACUACAGAAGAAUAUUGAAACCAAUAGGAGCAGGCCUCACGCGCCCCAUCCUCCUCCUCCUGCACCGCCCCAUUAUCCUCUUCAUCUCCCUCACCCUCGCCAUUAACUUCGCCAUCUACAUCCUCAUGCUCUCCACCUUCGCCACCCUCUGGAUUGAGUCUUAUCUCCUAUCCGAAACCACCGGCAGCCUUCACCACACCGCCGUUGCCCUGGGUGCUAGCCUCGCCACCCAGGGAGGAGGUCACCUCAUGGACUGGACCUGGAGACUUCUUAAAGAACGCCACCCCAACAAAUACCCCACCCCGGAGUUCCGGAUCCCAUACCUGAUUCCCGGAACACUGAUAAUGCCCCCAGCACCAGCACUGCUAUAUUUUAUGUUCAGGCAGGUUGUGUCGGCUAAUGCGGCGGUGCAGUUGUUUGCAAAUGUGCUGGCUUUUGUUUUUCCGCUUUUCGCACCGCAGUUGUAUGAGAGAUUGGGGUAUGGCUGGGGGGAAAGCUUGUUGGCGCUGGUUUUUGUUGUCCUGGGAUUUCCGUCCAUGGUUGUUUUGUGGUUAUGGGGGCUGAGGUUGAGGCUUGGGGGAAGGAGAAGGAGGGGAGGGAGAAGACGGCAAGGGGAAGACUUAGAUUGGCAACGACUAGAGCCAACAGAUAUAAAGGCUGAUUGCGAAGAACCUACUCAUAGAUUAUCCACUAUAGUUUCAGCACCAGACUUCACCCGACCGACGCAACAAUCCAGUUUCAGUUGA